UUGGGUUUCUAAAAUUAAUUGAGCAUCUUUCCUGUGUUAAGUCAACUCUCUCGUUUCAUCGUCAAGGAAGUAGGAGGAACUAUGGCGGCUUCUUCUUUUAUCUCAUCAGUCGCAAAAAGGCUGGAAGGGAAGGUAGCUCUAAUCACUGGCGGAGCUAGCGGUAUUGGGCAAUGCACUGCUAAAGUCUUUGCAAGCCAUGGAGCCAAAAUUGUGAUCGCUGAUAUCCAAGAUGAAUUUGGCCAUUCCAUUUGUGAGACCAUAGGCCCUUCAAAGUGUUCGUACGUACACUGCAACGUCACCGAUGAAAACCAAAUUAAAAAUGCUGUUGACAAAGCUGUCGCCACUCAUGGCAAGCUAGACAUCAUGUUCAACAACGCCGGCAUAGUCGAUCCCAACAAGGCUCGCAUAAUCGACUGUGAGAAAUCAGAUUUUGAACGUGUUCUCAGUGUAAACGUCACAGGGGUUUUCCUAGGGAUCAAGCACGCUGCUAGGGUGAUGGUUCCUGCUCGAAGUGGUAGCAUAAUUUCAACUUCUAGCAUAAGCUCCUUAGUCGCUGCUGCUGCCACACAUGCCUAUUGUGCCUCAAAGCAUGCUGUCCUGGGACUGACGAGGAAUGCUGCUGUUGAGCUGGGGCAAUUUGGGAUUAGAGUUAACUGCCUGUCUCCCUACGCUCUUGCAACGCCUUUAGCGACCGGAUUCAUCGGGGUUAAUGAUGAGGAGCUUGAGAAAGCGAUGAGUUCGUUAGCUAACCUCAAGGGUGUUUAUCUUAAAGCAGAAGAUGUAGCAAAUGCAGCUCUUUAUCUAGCAAGUGAGGAGGCAAGGUAUGUAAGUGGGCACAAUCUAUUCAUAGAUGGGGGCUUUAGUAUUGUUAAUCCGUCAUUCCACAUGUUCCAAUACCCCGACGAAUCUUGAGUUAAAUAUUUUGCUAUUAUCAAAUUAUAAUUAGCUUGUAAUUGAAGUUUUAUGGAGGUUGUAUUAAUAAGGAUUCAGAUGAUGUUUGUUUUUAUUAUCAUUUUAAAAAGUUCUGAAUUUGUGGGU